AGAGCGUGAGCAGGGAAGAGAAAAAGAGGGAGUUAGAUCAGGGAUCUGUGUGAAGUCAGGUCAGUCUCAGUCUCAGUGCUGCUCAGACUUUCUGGAUUAGUAAUCCUGCCCUUUGGAUUGUUCUGGGAAUGUUUGGGAAAGAGCCUGUAUUUGAAGAAUAGGCCUGGGGCAGGGUGUCUUGGACAGGGAGCGUGUACUAACUAGUAUUUGGACUACCGAGUCGUGUGCUAUGGAGGUUCAGGUCCAGAGUCGGCCACUACCACCCACCAUCCCGGAGAAUGGGGCGGCCCCUGACCCUGAACCCCACACUGUUAACGGUCAUCGUCAUGCCAACAGUGGGGAGGCAGAGCUGCCUGUCUCCAAGUCUCAGAGGAGACGAAGCGAUGUCAAAGUCUACAAGGAAUUCUGUGACUUCUACGCACGCUUCAACAUGGCCAAUGCCCUGGCCAAUGCGAUGUGUGAGCGCUGUAAGAGUGGCUUUGCCCCGGCGGAGAAGAUCGUCAACAGCAACGGGGAGCUGUACCAUGAGGGAUGCUUCGUCUGUGCUCAGUGCUUCCAACAGUUCCCUGAGGGUCUCUUCUAUGAGUUUGAGGGCAGGAAGUACUGCGAGCACGACUUCCAGAUGUUGUUUGCUCCCUGCUGCCACCAAUGUGGGGAGUUUAUCAUUGGUCGUGUGAUCAAGGCGAUGAACAACAGUUGGCACCCUGACUGUUUCUGCUGUGACCUCUGCCAGGCCGUGCUGGCUGACGUGGGCUUCGUCAAGAACGCUGGCAGACACCUGUGUCGCCCGUGUCAUAACCGUGAGAAGGCCCGUGGUCUGGGGAAGUACAUCUGUCAGAAGUGCCACGCCAUCAUCGAGGAGCAGCCGCUGCUGUUCAAGAACGACCCCUACCACCCCGACCACUUCAACUGCAACAACUGCGGUAAGGAGCUGACUGCUGAUGCCAGGGAGCUGAAGGGAGAGCUGUACUGCCUGCCCUGCCAUGACAAGAUGGGUGUUCCCAUCUGUGGCGCUUGCAGGAGACCCAUCGAGGGCCGCGUGGUCAAUGCCAUGGGCAAGCAGUGGCACGUCGAGCAUUUUGUGUGUGCUAAGUGUGAGAAACCCUUCCUGGGCCAUCGCCACUACGAACGCAAAGGACUGGCCUACUGUGAGACUCACUACAACCAGCUCUUUGGAGAUGUCUGCUACCACUGCAACCGUGUCAUUGAGGGUGAUGUGGUGUCAGCCCUGAACAAGGCAUGGUGUGUCAACUGCUUCGCCUGCUCCACCUGCAACACCAAGCUCACCCUAAAGAACAAGUUUGUCGAGUUUGACAUGAAGCCGGUGUGUAAGAAGUGUUACGAGAAGUUUCCUCUGGAACUUAAGAAGAGGCUGAAGAAGCUGGCGGAGACAGUGGGCCGGAAGUAGACACAGACUGACCCAGACAGACUGACCCAGACAGACUGACCCAGACAGACUGACCCAGACAGACUGACCCAGACAGACUGACCCAGACAGACAGACUGACCGAGACAGACUGACCCAGACAGACUGACCCAGACAGACAGACUGACCGAGACAGACUGACCCAGACAGACUGACCCAGACAGACAGACUGACCGAGACCGUCAGACCGGAAGCCUAUAGUCACUAGAUGGCCAUGCUAGAAUGGACAAAGUGAUAUCAUCAGAAUGUUUGAGCAACCACAUGAGCUAUUUGUUCUUGGUGUAAGGUUAGGGACUAGGGUUAUGUUGUUGAUAAAUUACAUUUGCAGUUUCCUUCGAUCUUUUCAUGCUUGGCCAAAUAGUGACAACCCAUGAGCAGAGAGACCGACAGUACACAAAGAGGAGUCCUCGCCAAAUCAGUGCCUUUGUGUAAAGACAUAUUCAUAUUAUAUUCAUAUUUAUCCUUGAUGCUAAUAUCAUAUAUUUAAUAGUUUAUUUUAGCUUAAAAUGUCACUUCAAAACCCAACUUGUUUAUUUAAGUAUGCAUCAGUGUCCUGGUAUUUCAUCAUAAGAAUAAAGAGUAUUAAUAAGGUUGUUACUGCCAGUGUGCUGGUCUGUUUCUGCCUUAGCCAACUACUUUAUCAUUGUCAUGCCAAACAAGUGGAAACAGACAGACACCUGGGCUAUGUUACUGAUGAUACUCUCAAUCACAUUACUGUGCAGCAGAACUGGGUUGAAUAUAGAGUACCAGUCAAAAGUUUGGACACCUACUCAUUCCAUGUUUUUUCUUUAUUUUUACUAUUUUCUACAUUGUAGAAUAAUAGUAAAGACAUCAACUCUGAAAUAACACAUGGAAUCAUGUAGUAACCAAAAAAGUGUUAAACAAAUCAAAAUAUAUUUUAUAUUUGAGAUUCUUCAAAGUAGCCACCCUUUGCCCUGAUUGCAGCGUUGCACACUCUUGGCAUUCUCUUAACCAGCUUCAUGAGGAAUGCUUUUCCAACAGUCUUAAAGGAGUUGCAUGGUAAAUUGGAACGAUUGGAAUUGUGCCAAAAGUGCAAAUUCUUGGCACUCUGCAUACCGCUAAGCUACAUCAAGAACAUGUCAAGUAUUUGAAAGUAUCUAAUGUAUGUACAGUGCUAUUUGAGCCAGAUCUGCUAGGCAGCUUCUUGAGCAAGAGAGUAGCCUCCAUCCCAGCAGUUGAGGUCAUAUAGAGAAGUCAGAUUCGUACCAGAGGUUUGUGUACAUUUUUCAGGAUGUAUUGAAAUAUUAUCCAAAGAUAGUACUGAAUAAGAUGACACGUGUAUGCAUAUCUCAUAUAGAGCUUUUUGUGUGUCCACAACAUUGUGUGUGGUGUUAUAUUGUUCUAUUCAUAUUAUUUCACAAUUUUUACAUUUCCUUUGUGCUUUUAUCACACAGACAGUAAAAAUGUAAGACGUUAUGUCACUGAAGGGUGUUUUGUAAACUUGGAUAACAGAUGUUUGUAUGUUUUUGACAGUAUUUUCAGAAUAAACAUAAACCACUUAUCAACAGUAAUGGAAUCAAAUAAUAUCUGGAAAUACUUUUCUCCAUUCCAUUCUUUACAUGUCAUGCAUUACAUUACAUUUAAGUCAUUUAGCAGACGCUCUUAUCCAGAGCGACUUACAAAUUGGUGAAUUCACCUUCUGACAUCCAGUGGAACAGCCACUUUACAAUAGUGCAUCUAAAUCAUUUAAGGGGGGGGGGGGGGGGUGAGAAGGAUUACUUUAUCCUAUCCUAGGUAUUCCUUGAAGAGGUGGGGUUUCAGGUGUCUCCGGAAGGUGGUGAUUAUCUUUUAAAACGGGGGAUAAACAUAACAGAUACAAACAAUUCCAUUGAUUUAGGAUCUGCUUGUAACUGCAAUGUUAAUUUUUCCUUUUAGAUGAAAGCGCAUGUAUGAGUACUGUAAAAUGUGUGAAUGUGUUUUUCCAAGGUGUAAGCUCAGCUAUCCUCUUAUGGCAGUGUGACUUCUAUCUAGAUGCUCAUAGGAAGUAGAGAACUGCCGGUUAGAGGUUAGAGAGAAAAGCAUUCUAUCCCUGUAGAAAACAUGAAUUUAGUUGAGUUUUAGUUUUCCGCUGUGUUAAACUUUACUUGGAAGAAAUGUGUUUUGCAUAGAGUGAUACAAUUCCACAUUCCACUGCUAAAUGGGAAUUUUAAAACCUUAUGUUUUUCCUCUGUCGUACUACAAUAUAAUAUGCUAUGCUACAUUCAAAGCCUUGAUUAGUGUUCGCCUUAUGCUUGUUACUUUAAUUUUGGUUUGUUUCUAGAUGUCGUCAUAUUCAAUUUAUUGACUUCUGAAUAAUAAAACAUCCUGCUACAUG